AUGCCAAGCUUUUCUACUUUGGUGCUUGCGGCGCUUGCUGCCGUGCAUAUCGCGCAAGGAGCGUCUCCGGCUAUCAGUCGCACCGCUCGUUGCAGCUCAUUUGGCAACUGCUGCUCGAAAAAUGGCUACUGUGGUUCAUCGAAAGACUACUGCGGCGAUGGUUGCCAGACUGGCUGA